AUGCGUGGAUUACGAUGCUAUGUGUGGAUUGUUAUAGACCACCUAACAAUGUAUUGCAAGAAAUAGCUGUUUUGUGGACUUGCUGCAAGGCCCUUUAGAUCAAUUAAGACUGAACCCCGAGAAAUUGGUAUACAGCAAAAUCCUGAAUCUUAUUUUAAGAAAUUAAUAACUUACUUUAAGUCCAUUAUUACGUAAAACAAGCAAAACAUUAUUCACUUGUCCGUAUAUGAGAAAGUUACUUUUUACUUAUCAAGAAAUGAUUAAAAUUCUUAGCACGAGUAUUUUUCUUAUAACAAGUAAACGUCAUGUGCUUGAAAUUAGAAUUUCAAUUCUUAUUUCAAUGGACCAUUCCCCAAUUAACAAAAAAUUUUAUCUCAACAAGUCUAGAAAAAUUGCAUCAUAGCACGAACGAGCAUCGCAAAAUUAGUAAUAUUCCAAAGUUUCGUUGCGAAAUGUUGUAAAAUGCGAAUAAUAUAGCCUUGCGAAAUUUGCUAUUUUCAUGUCAUUUUAGAUUACAAACGGGAAAUGGUUACCACUUUUCCAAAAUUUUGAUCUUAACUAGUCUAAACAAAAAUUUCAUCACAGCUUGAAAGAGCAUCACAAAAUUAGUAAUAUUCCAAAUUUUCUUUGCAAAAUGUUGUAAAAUGCGGAUAAUAUAGCCUUGCGAAGUUUGUAUUUUUCAGUCAUUUUGUAUACGUACAGAGGAUUUUGCUGUAAGCUAGUGAUUAUUGGUGACUUAAACGCCCAUUUUGAUGAUAAUUUAUCACCUAACGCUAUUCUCGGAAAUCGUUUUAGACGGUGGCUCGGGCACAAUGCACUGUCUCAGAUAAUUAAAGAACCAACUCGUGUGAAGCACAGUAUUGGACGUAACAUGUAGUUUUUUACCUCGCAAGGUUACCACAACCACCUGAUGAUUCCUCUUGGAUGAAACGUCAAGCUUUGGAUGCUGUUAUACAUGUCUUUAAUCUUUAUGUCCUUAUGUUGUUUCAAUCUAGGUCGAGUUUAACAGUCGUCGAAAGAUAGAUGUUUUUGUGAAUGGUGAUCGAGUUCAAUUUGAUGAACAAACAAGAUUAGAUUUUUCUGGAGUCUUCAUUGAAAAACGAAACCAAACAAAAAUUGGCAUCUACUUCACUUCAGGAAUAUCUAUAGAUACCAAAGCAAUUGAAGACUUUUUGACUUACCAGAUUUCAAUCCCAACACGAUUCAAAGGUUUGAAUUUGAUUGGCUUAUGUUUGACGUAAAUAUAAUUGGCGUAAUAAUACUGUCAGUAUAUUCUAAGUGAACGUACAAUAUUUCUUUCGGAUUAGCUAUAUUCACCUACAAAGAAAUGCAAGUCUCCGAACUUAUCUAGUAUUUGAAUAUUUAGUUAUGAUGUUUCUUUAUAGCCUGAAAUAAAAAUUGCUUACUGGGUAAUAUCUUCCUAUAUUAUAAGAGAAAUAGAAGAAACUCGUCAAGAACGAGCGUUCACGAUGUGAGAAUGCACUUGGGGAAUGUUGGCACAUGCAUAUACGCCCCUUUUCUCUCGUGUAUUAUCACACCAUAUAUACGCACGCGGCUCGUUUUCUGUUUCUUAAAUAGUGUGGUAAGUUUCAAUACGGCUCAUGAACAUCAAUAAAUUUCUAAAAUAAUUCUUGCGAGCAAUUUGAGGUAAUUCAUUUUUUAAAAUUUAAACAGCUCAAAAAUGCUGUAUAGGCCUAUACUCUAACCGCAACCUUAACCUUGUAUUUCAUUGUGUUUUAAUGUCGAAAUGAUGAACGUGAAAAUCUACUUGAGCAUUUUUCAGACAAACAUUGAAGAAAAUUGCACGUAACAUAAAGCGCGUAACAUAAGGAGCCCUUAACCGCCUUUAACCCUAUAGCCCUUAACCGCCUUAAUUGCACGUAACAUAAGGAGCCCUUAACCGCCUUUUUUUGCUUGAUGAUUCGCAAAUUUGCAAAGACCUAUUUUUUCAAAAUUAUUUCCUAUAGCGAUGAGGAUUUAUUAUUAGGAGGAAAAAUUAAAUAACUUUUAAUAUAUUUUCAGUUUGUAGCAAAUUUUAGUAGGGUGAGAAACUUGAUUGACAUGUUUUCUUUAUAAUAUUUUAUCUAAUCAGAUUGAAGAACGAUGAAUCGCCCUUUCAGCACUCGGAAAAUACGAUCGAACCUAGUGAAAUACUCCGCCAGACUAUAUGUCAAACCAUUUAAUAAGAUAUAUGUAUUACACUGCACUGUACGUUCUGUAUAUAACACAGUAUAACAGCACUUGAUUACAGCAUAAUAAACUCUAUUGAGCUGUCACCGUUGUUACAGAAUUUUACACCGAGUCUCCUGCGGUUUGAGAUUAACUGCACUGAAGUCAUUUAACCAGAGUCGACUAACAUUUUUAUGACUUGUAUAUUAUUUUGUAUAUUAUUGUGCUUUGAACAACCAGUUUUAUACUAUCUGUUUACGCAUUGUAUUUUAGGGAAAACGGCCGGUCUUCUUGGAUUUUGGGAUGAUGACAAAGAUAAAGAAUUUUUAUUGCCAAACGGGAGCUUUAUUCACACAAACUCAAGUUAUCGAAUACUUCACAAUGAAUUUGGCCAGAAAUGUAAGUUUUAAA